AUGGCGGCUCAGGCCAAACCUGAUUCCAGCUACGCGUCCAAUCGCAUGACGAAGAGCAAUCCUCCGCCCAAGCAUCUUUUGUCUACUUUCAAUAGAACUGAGCCCGAAGAGACGAAUGUCGAUUUCGCGACGAUCAAUAAAGAGGCUGGCCAAACGAGUAUCGAGGAAAAACCGGAGAUUGAUACUGACGCCGAGCCUUUGAGCUCCGAUGAGGAGGCAGAAGGCUCCAAACUGGAUGUUACUCAAUCUAGCAUUGAGAAAAAGGCAGAGGUUGAUACGGAUGCCGGACCUUUGAGCUCCGACCAAGAGAAAGUCGAAGACCCCUUGUCGGACAUUGCUCAGCCUAGCAUCGAGAACAAGCUAGAGAUUGAUACGGAUGCCGAGCCUUUGAGUUCCGAUGAAGAGGAAGCAGAAGGCUCCAAACUGGAUGUUACUCAACCUAGCAUUGAGAAAAAAACAGAGGUUGAUACGGAUGCCGGACCUUUAAGCUCCGACCAAGAGGAAGUCGGAGACCCCAUGUCAGGCAUUGCUCAGCCUAGCAUCGAGAACAAGCUAGAGAUUGAUACGGAUGCCGAGCCUUUGAGUUCCGAUGAAGAGGAAGCAGAAGGCUCCAAACUGGAUGUUACUCAACCUAGCAUUGAGAAAAAAACAGAGGUUGAUACGGAUGCCGGACCUUUAAGCUCCGACCAAGAGGAAGUCGGAGACCCCAUGUCAGGCAUUGCUCAGCCUAGCAUCGAGAACAAGCUAGAGAUUUAUACGGAUGCCGAGCCUUUGAGCUCCGAUGAAGAGGAAGCAGAAGGCCCCGACCCCGACCUGCAUGUUACUCAACCUAGCAUUGAGAAAAAAGCAGAGAUUGUUACGGAUGCCGAGCCUUUGAGUUCCGACCAAGAGGAGGUCGAAGACCCCAUGUCAGACAUUGCUCAGCCUAGCAUCGAGAACAAGCUAGAGAUUGAUACAGACAUCGAACCUCUCAGUUCCCCGCCUCUGAGCUCCCCGCCUCCCAGUUCCCCGCCUCUCAGCUGGAAUGAAGAGGAAUCGGAAGACCCGAUUUCAAAUGCUGCUCAGCCUAGCAUCAAGAAAGGGUGGGACAUCGACACCGAUGCUGAUCCUCUAAGCUCCGAUGAAGAGCAAGUUAGCGAUAGCGAUGCUUCCCCAUAUCGCAAAGAGGCCAUCUUUCCCCCACGGCCGGUUGAGAAAUCGAAAGAGCCGUCGCCAGUGAAGGAAGCCCCCAAAGAACCCGAGGAGACCUUUAUUAUGCCAAAGGAUGUUGAAAGUUCGAGUUUCAGAGAACCUCGUGGCGGGGAAGACUCAAACUCCAGUUUUUCGCAUGGUCCAUACACGAUGGAAGAAUACGAAGCAAUGUUGCUUGAUGAUGAUUCACCUCUCUCAUCCCCGACUUCUUCCACUUGUGAGCAAAUGUCGCAGCUCGAUAGAUUCACAACGAAAGAGAAGCGCCAACCAUCACCACCCCGCCCAGCCCUGUGCCCGAUAUGCCGUAAGGAAGUAGACUGGGCUUCGCUAGAACUAUUCAGAGCAAAGCCGAAGCAACGUAUUCGCGAACAGGUGAUGUUCUGUGAAUCACACAAACUCCGCAGUGCGGUGGACUUGUGGCGUGACCGAGGGUAUCCCAAUAUUGAUUGGGAAGGGUUUGAAGAGCGUAUUCAGAGCUAUUUCCCCGAACUCGAAAAACUACUUGUUCCUGGUGCUUUCUCUUAUUACCGAAACAUCCUUAGUACCUCUAUCGCACCAGGGAAAGCGAGAAACUUCCGUGUGAGAGUGGAUGAUGACAAGACACUUGAGACGAUGACAUGUGGUUAUUAUGGUGGCAGGGGUGCAACCAAAAUACUAGAAACAAUCAUCUGUCGGUUUUCUGUGGUUGUACGUCGCCUGGCGACAACGGAUGAACUUAUCAAGACGGCGGGCGUGGCUGGCUACACACAAUCUGUCCUUGUGCCUGAGCUGGCUGUGCUCAUGGUCAAAGAUGACAUGAAAGUUAACGACGAAGAGGCCCGUCGGAUUAUGAGGGAGAGUAUGGACAUUGGUGCAAGAGUCCAUCCAGACCUCAAUAUUGUCCCGAUACAGGAAGAUGUCGAAGAAUCAUGA